AGCGCUAUCUGCUUUGUUGAAUGAUAGACAGGGAUAGCAAUACCAUUGUCAUUGUCAAUCAAAUUAUGCCUUUGUAACGUGAGCCUCGCUACUGAGCGGUAACAGCUUUGUAUGCGAGUACAACUUUACAAAUGGUCAAACUUUAUGGUCUAGAAUUUAGUAAUUGAUUGUGUCAAAACAGGUUACGCUGAGAGAAGCUCUAUAAUAACAUGCCGUCUUGAUAUCUUGACUCUAUCCCCAAUUCCUUUUUGGAGUCAGGUGUCAGCAGUUUGCACUUGGCAUUUGGCAAUUCAAUAAUUAUUUCAAUAAUUCGUCAAUUCUAAACAUGGCUGCCUUUGCAGUGUUGUGGAGGUUUAUAAAGUUACUUAUUUUAUUGAUAUUUUUCUUUAAUAUUCUAAGCGUCUAUGGAAAAUCACAAUUAGUACAAUUGAAUGAAGACAAUUGGGAUGAAAUGCUAACUGGUGAAUGGAUGGUUGAGUUCUACGCGCCAUGGUGUCCAGCAUGCAAGUCACUGCAGCCGCUGUGGGAGGAGUUCUCGUCAUGGAGCAAGGAGUUGGGCAUCAGCGUUGGCCAGGUCGAUGUCACCACGUCGCCCGGCCUCAGUGGACGGUUCAUGGUCACCGCCCUACCAACCAUAUUCCAUGUGCAAGAGGGUGAUUUUCGUCAGUACCGUGGUCCGAGGGACAAAGAGUCGUUGAUGUCGUUUGUCGAAGACAAGAAAUGGAAAACGGUCGAAGCGAUUCCCAGCUGGAAGUCACCGGCCUCGAUCCAGAUGUCUGUCAUCUCCUACUUCUUCAAGUUGUCACAAUUGCUCAGAUCGAUUCACACAAGAUUAAUGGAAGACUAUGGACUGCCAACGUGGGGAUCUUAUUUGAUUUUUGCUGUUGGUACCAUCAUACUGGGAGCGCUCCUUGGUUUGUUGCUGGUGUGCAUAAUUGACAUUUUCUAUCCACCAAAAGGAUCAUCGUCCACUUUCCAGAAACAGCCUCUUGGAAAAGGCGGCGAAAGUGAAGAAGAUACUACCGAUGAUGACUUGGCUAAAGACGAGAUAGUGGACGAAGAAAUAGAGAAUGUGGAGACGGAAGCUGACUCAGCCAACGAGGACCCAGACUCGCAGAUCACCAGCACCAGCGACGUGAGUCCGUCGGCUCCGCGCAAGCGCAAAUCGCGCAAAAUUGAUUGACUUAAUGCUACAUUCACACAACCAACUCCUUCAGCACAUUUCGAUGCUCAACAUUAAAAGUAGCGUGUUCUCAACUUUACUCUUGAUUCGAUCAAAUUAUUUCAAGACUUCUAAGCGUGUUAUUGUGAUUUGUUUUUAGUCUUACAAACUGUUGAUUGUAUGGCAAAAACAUGGAGAAGUUGGUUAUGUCUCGAAAUCCUUAUUAGUAGAGAAAUUUCAGUGGCCUUGUUUGACACCUGGUUCAACUUGUGUGUCAAAAAACAAUUUGACUAGAUCAGUGUGCCUCUCAUAAAUAGUUUCGGGACGAAUAAUUAUUAUAAACACAACUUUUCAAACAACAAGAACAACUAUUGUGUUUCGAUCGACAUAUUUGCUGAUUCAGGCAGCUGCGGGUCUAUCAUCAAAGCAUUGAUUUCUUUACAUUGAUAUGAUAUGGUUGUAGCCUUAUUUUUAUAAAUUAUUUUUAUUGCGCUUUUAUAUAAAGUUCUUUUGACAGAGAGGUUAGUCUGUUCUAAGUUGUUGAUAACGCUAGUAUUAUAUAAAUUUAUUAAAUUGUAAGUAAAUAUUUAUACUCCAAUAGAUAGAUCUUUGUGUUUAUGAGAAAUGCAAAUUAAUUUGUACCGUUGAAUUAAAACUUGUAUAUAAUGUGAUUAUUAAAUUUUUGUACAUUC